GCUGGAAUGCUCGUUAUCGAUCCGACGUGCUUGUCCGCCUCGCACCGCCAUCCUUACUCUCCUGGACUGUAAUACUUGACCCAUACUACACCCUCCAUCUCAGCCAUCAUGCGCAUGUUUCGCCGCCCUCGUCCUGCGCCUGCGCCGCACGAAAUCUACGCGUCUGGUCUCCAGAGGCUUAGCGUGGGCCACGCGCUGUGGUUCCCCGAGCCGCACGAGUCAGGAGAGCCGCAAGUCGGUGAUGUCGGGUUCAUACGCGAAGGCGCAUUCGUCAGACUAUUCAACUUGGAUCCCUCUGCGACUGAGAAAGCGGUCACGCACUGGGAGCCCUGCCCGGCGUUCAAGGUCGAGCCGCCAUUGCCCGAAGGCGCACUGAAGACCUACCGCACGUCUGGAGUGCUCUUCCCCGGCCAUCAUUGCAGUCAUGGAGUCGAAAGCAAGAAUAUUCAUACCUCGGCAGACGUGUGAGUACGCUAAU